AUGGUGUCCGUCGAGGAAGCCAUCAAGCGGCUCCAGGAGUCCCGCCCUCCCGCCACCGACGCCUUCACAUACCUUACCAUCGUCGAGACGCACCUAUCCCCCGAAGUCCUCCCAGCACUCCACGAGAUCCUCGAAGAUGCCGAGCUCACAAAUGACAUUGGCUGGGACCUUGUAGAGAUGCUCAUCUCCGUUCCCGGCAGCGAGACCUGUCUCGAGACCAUCGCCCGCCUUGGGAACCCGCGCGAGGUCAUCAUCAAGGUCCUUGAGGUCCUCGACUCCAACUCGGAAUCCGCAGAGGCCGGAGAUGCUUCAGCGAGCGCCAAGUUCAUCACUCUGGUCGGCAUGUUGAGCAUCCUGCACAGAAGACUUCAGGUCAAGGCGCCCUCGCGAUUCCUCCACUCCACACUACAGACAGUCUACCGAGCAUACAACCCUCGGGGUGCUGAGACCACAGCCGCGGUUAUUGACCUUGUGCGGUCCCUCUCUGGGAGAAAGCGCCCACCACUGCCCACACGGCAAUCCAGCACCAAGCUAGAGACGCCUUUCCAAGAGACCGACCUUUCCAAGAGCGCUCCCGACCCCGAGGCGGAUGCCGGCCAGAGCCCAGGCGAGCCUGAACUCGUCGCCAGACUUCUCCAGUCUUUCAUUACCAGUAUCCUUGAAGCAUAUGUCAACUCGAACAGCAUGGAAUGGGCGUCGAGACUGUUGGAGUACUGCACCCCAGAGAAGAUCGUGCCUGGACGACCGACUAUGCUGCAAGCGUUCAAGCAGGUGGAAGAGCUUCAGGCCAGGGACGCCUUGGUCGGGCAGUUGGUGGCUGUUGCCCGUGACUUGGGUCUUUCGAAGAUGCCCUCAGCAGAGGUCAAGAAGGCUUUGGAGGCUCCAAUCUCCAAAAAUCCCCUGUCGGUUGAGCCUGACCCCAAGAACCCCGAUGCCAUCAAGUUGUCGACAGGUGGCUUCCUCUGUCUGACAGCCUACCGCAUGUUUGCAUCCGAUAUUUUCGAUGCCGAUUACGACCAGCCCGACGUCAACAUCUUCCCUGAGCAUCAUACGUUGUUGAAGCGAUUCCUUGGAGACGAACCUCAGGCGCAGAUCGUGGGCAAUCCCGGUACCGUCGAGGCAUUGAUUGUUAUUGCGCUCUGGCUCAAUGACCAGAAGCGCUUGGUUGGGCCCAGUGCUGAGAAGGGCGUCGACUUCAUGUCAUACCACCACCUUCUAACGCUCGUCUCUGUCUUUCAUCCCUCAUUGCGGGUUCGAAAUGCAGCCACCGUGAUGGCAGGGCUAAUACUUCACUCGGAUCCCGACGAAGAGGACAGACUAAGCAUCCUGGAAGACUUGUUGGAGAAUUGCAUGUUUUCAUCUCUGCAAGCAUGCGCCGUGACAUGGCUACGGGAAGAGAUGAUUGCGGCCCGCAAGGCUGGUUCCAAGGGUCGAUUUGCCACUCCAGAGUGCCUUGACGGACUCCAGUACACACUCUUUCAGGAUCUUGUGUACCUGAAUGAUACGGAUUCGGUGGAACUAUGGGAGUACUGGGUGCAAAACGCCCCAUUCCACCUUCAAGUGGCCAACUUUGCCCUCUUCCUCUUUGGUGGACAGGACUACAAGGACCUCGCUCCAGCAGGAAUGGCAGCGGCGAUAGAGCAUCGAUACGUCAACCCCUUGUUAUCCGCAGCCAAGAAGCUCAGAGAGGCAGUAGAGAAGAAGGAGCUUGACGGGCAAGACGUAGAGGGCGAGGUGUUGAUGCAACUGGGCAUCUUGACGGACACGUUGGAACGGGUUCCUUUGCAGUAG